GUAACGUUGUGAUCUGUAAUAAAAAUGGGGAGCAAAUGUAUAUACUUCAUAUUUUUACUGUGUUCAUUGGCUUAUAUCAAAGAAGCUACGUGUGAAGCCGAUCCACAACUUGGAAUCGGAAAUUUACGUUAUGGAAGAAGGCCAAACUUUCCUGGAAAUGUUGGAUACGGAUCUAAUACGGGCUACAAUCAAUAUAGAGGACCACCUCGAUAUCCAUUUGGGAGCCAGAACCAACCAGGAUAUGGCUACGGUUCUGGAAGAGGUAUUGGAUACGGAAACCGACCAGGAGGUACAUUCCCUCCUGGUUCAGGUGGAGGGGUUUUAUUUGGAUACGCAUAUCGUAGAGAAAAUAACUUUCCAGCUGGAAAUAUAUUUGGUCCACCUAAUUAUGGCAAAAAAUAAAUUUACUGUAUAUUUUAGCAAUAAAAAAUAAAAAAAACUAAAUUUUUA